GAAUCGCCUCCCUGGAUCCCGGCUUUCGCGUCAUUGGCGGCGGAGGGAGGAAGGGAACGAAGGUGCGAGUGGCUUCUUCUGAGACAUUUCUGAGACAUUUUUCUCCUCCUGCGCUGGGAAAAUCACCGUCCUCGAACCAUGUGGCACUGACCAGAGGCGGGAGACGCUGUAGGACCGACAUGGAGAACGUAGGAGGGAUGGGGGCCAUUCCAGCGCCCAAGAAGAAGAUGGUGUGGAUGAACUCUGUGGCAAUUGGACGGGCAGCGUACCAGCCGACUGAUGUGGAGCAUUGGGCCAACAUGGUCACGCACGGGUUAUUUGUCCUCCCGGCCAUUUAUGGAGCUGUGGUCAUGGUCAUGGCUUGCCGUUCUGACUUACAUCAGCUGGCGGCUUUCAUUUAUGGGGCAGGGCUCGCCGGCCUCUUCAGCGUCUCCACUUUCUUCCAUAUUGUCUUCUAUCUCGGAUAUUACAAAAACCUUAAAGAAGUUCUCCAUCGCAGUGAUAGAGCUAUGAUCUAUAUUUUUAUCGCUACCUCAUACACCCCAUGGCUGCUAUUACGACCCAUGCCUCUGGAUUCCUGGACUCUGCAUUUAAGGUGGGGGAUAUGGGUUCUGGCAAUUCUCGGAAUCUUGUACCAGCAGCUCUUCCACGAGAGGUUCAAGAUGCUGGAGACCAUAUUCUAUCUCAUCAUCGGCAUCCUUCCCUCCCUUGCCGUCAUGGACAUGGAAGAUGCUUCUGGCCUAGAAGAGCUCAAGCUGGGGGGGGCCAUCUACGUCCUGGGCGUGAUCUUCUUUAAGCUGGAUGGCCGCAUCCCUCUGGCACAUGCCAUAUGGCAUCUCUUUGUGGUCCUAGCAGCCUUCAUUCAUUACUAUGCUGUCCUCACCUACUUGAUCCUUCCUCCAGCAUCUGACAGCACCUCCUCAGCCAUGGGGAUAGUGGGGGGAGUCGAAGGCAAGGCACCUGAGACAUGUGAUGCAUCUCUGCCUGAGUGCUCUAGCUUGUAGGAUGGGUCUGCUCCCAGUGCAGGUUGGUUGAUGUGAUUGUUGGGUGGGCCAAAAGUCAAGUAUUAUUAUUCCUCAGGUGACACUUUUCGAUACUGGCUUUGGGGGUUUUCUAUAUGCUGUGAGACAGGUGGGUGCAGGUGCCAGCUUUUGCUCAGGAGAGUUGCUAACUUUUCUGCUAGCCAUGAAGGGUGGAAGAGCAGAGUGCCAUACGCUGCUAGGACUAGUAUUCUUGUUCUGGUAGGGGAGCAUGAUAUUUUUGUUUAUUCCUUGACACCUUUAUUUUUGUUUAGAGAAUUGUCAUGGAUACUUUGUAUAAUUUUUUAGAACAUUACAGUAUACUUAGUAAAUCAAGUAUUGAUUAUCAGGAAUAUUAGAAUUCGAGCUGGGAGUUACACUUUACUCAGAAGCAGUGGUGCUUAUUGCACAUGCAAACACACAAAUAUUAUGAUGAAUAGAAAUAAUGUUUACUGUAAAUGGAUAUCAUCUUUGGUUUUGUGAAAUAACGGUGUUGAUAUGUGAUUAAUUUGAAGUUGAUAUUAGGAGUUAGCUACAUCAAACCAGUGUUUCUCAGUAUUCCACUUCACGGUUCAUCCACAGCAAUUCCUAAGUCUGAAAAGGCAAGUAUAUUUGUAUUAAAGCAAAGCAAUAGCUAAUGAUGUUUUGCAGUCAUAAAGACUAGACCACAGUUAAUACUAUAUGGAUAAGAGAUAUAUUUGAAUUUCAUUUCAUUAUGCUAACAAAAUAAGUUUAUCACCCAACUCAUGCUGUAUUAUGACAGAAAUUAAGUAGAUUUUAUCAUGUAAAAUAUAUAGAACCUAGCAUAAUGCAGGAAAUAGGAAAAACUUGACUGAAUCCUUCUCAUGUCCUCAAAGGUUAAGCAAACUAUAGGAAACUGGUUAUGGAUUUCAAGGACAGCCAAGAGUACCCACAUCCCAUUCCAGAAACUUGAUUGUAAAGGUAUUCAGCCAUCUCCAGUUCCUCAAGUUUUCACAGUGAUUUAAAGGUUCUUUUUCUUUGAAAGGUGAGAAAGAUUGAAGGGAAUUCUGUAGAGAACCACUGUUUAUGAUGUAGCCUACUGGAUUUUAUUACUUCUGUGAUGCAGUAAUCAAAGGUGGCUUCACUAUAAACCAUUGGAUGAUGUAUUGACAAUAAUGUUCAGGGUUAUUUAGUGAUUACAGCAUGAUCUUACAUUUCUCUUCAGUUUUAUUACGAGCUCUCUGAAGUGCCACAAUUUUUCCACAAAUUACUGCUCUUGAAUUGUUGCAAUUUGUCAUGUGUUAGUUUAUUUGAGCAUCAGGUAUUUACAUAAAACAACAAGAAGUAUGUAAGGAAUAUUACAUUUAUAUGUAAAUUUUACAUAACCAUUAUGUUUGAGUGAUAUUGAUAUAUCUUAUUUUUGUUAUAAUUGUUAUUUAAUUCAGCAUUUUUGUCAUUAGAGUUCCAUUACGUAUUUCCUCACCUUGACCAAUGAAGCUUUUCCAUUACAACGAGAUGUUAUACAUUGCAUUUAAUUUGUGCUUUUAUAUGUUAGUGUGAUUAUACAUGAAAAAUAAGAAAUGGAAAUUUGAAUGUAAUGUAAAAAUUGAGGGAACAAGAAAACUUCUUUGCCCAAGAAGCUUUUAUAAAUGUCAUGGAAGGAAUUAGAUCAAUUUGCUAUUAUGUUAUAAUUUAUUUUCCAAAUCAGUCAAGGAUUUACUCAUCUGAUGUCAUAGAAUCAUCAAAACAUUUGGUAAUAGACUUCAUUUCUACAUUUGUUAUAGUUUAUGACCUCUACAAGUUUAGUGGCUAACAGAGAAGUUACAGGGGAUUGAGAAAGAUUUUGUGAAGUGGUGAUACUCAUGAUUUCAGAAAUGUAUUCAUUGUUUACCUCGUGGAAUCCAAUGUUUCCCCCGUUGGGUAGCAGGCUGACUAGUGAAAUAAAUUCACUGAGUCCAAGUAUUAGAAAAUGG